UCCGCGGGGUCCGGGCGACCGCCGAGCCCGUCUCCAGGCAGAGGCUUCUCACCCCAGCCCGAGCCACCCCCCACCCCGCUCGGGCUUGCGGCCGCCUCCCCCGGUGCGGGAUGAACACAGCCGCGGCCGCCGCGGGGCCCCAUGGAGGAGCAGCCGCCGCCGCCGAUCCGCCCGCCAGCGAGAAUGGCCUUGUUGGGCAGCCCACACCCCGGAGCCCCCUCCGCGGCCGCCGCACCUGGCGGGACUUCCUCCGCCGCGACAGCGGCGGCCGUGCUCUCCUUCGGCACCGUGGCGACCGCGGCGGCCGCGGCGCUGGGGAACCAGAGCGACGGGAGCGGGGGCGGCAGCACUGGCGCCUCGGCUGGCGGCGGCCUGGGUGGGCCCCGGGCGGCGGGGGCGGCGGGGGCGGCGGGGAGGCCGCCGCAGGACCCCGAGGCGGCGCCGCUGCUGUCGCACGGGGCGGCGGUGGCGGCCCAGGCGCUCGUGCUCCUGCUCAUCUUCCUGCUGUCUAGCUUGGGCAACUGCGCGGUGAUGGGGGUGAUCGUGAAGCACCGGCAGCUCCGCACCGUCACCAACGCCUUCAUCCUGUCCCUGUCCCUGUCGGAUCUGCUCACGGCGCUGCUCUGCCUGCCCGCCGCCUUCCUGGACCUCUUCACGCCGCCGGGGGGCUCGGCCCCCGCCGCCGCCGCCGCCGCCGCCGCCUCCGCCUCCCCGGCCACGGGGCCCUGGCGCGGCUUCUGCGCCGCCAGCCGCUUCUUCAGCUCGUGCUUCGGCAUCGUGUCCACGCUCAGCGUGGCCCUCAUCUCGCUGGACCGCUACUGCGCCAUCGUGCGGCCGCCGCGGGAGAAGAUCGGUCGCCGCCGGGCCCUGCAGCUGCUGGCCGGCGCCUGGCUGGCGGCCCUGGGCUUCUCCUUGCCCUGGGAGCUGCUCCGCGCGCCCCGCGAGCCCCCGGCGGCACAGAGCUUCCACGGCUGCCUGUACCGGACGUCCCCGGACCCCGCGCAGCUGGGCGCGGCCUACAGCGUGGGGCUGGUGGUGGCCUGCUACCUGCUGCCCUUCCUGCUCAUGUGCUUCUGCCACUACCACAUCUGCAAGACGGUGCGCCUGUGCGACGUGCGCGUGCGACCCCUGACCACGUACGCGCGCGUGCUGCGCUUCUUCAGCGAGGUGCGCACGGCCACCACCGUGCUGAUCAUGAUCGUCUUCGUCAUCGGCUGCUGGGGGCCCUACUGCUUCCUGGUGCUGCUGGCCGCGGCCCGGCAGGCCCAGGCCACGCAAGCCCCCUCGCUCCUCAACGUGGUGGCUGUGUGGUUGACCUGGGCCAACGGGGCCAUCAACCCUGUCAUCUAUGCCAUUCGCAACCCCAACAUUUCGAUGCUCCUGGGACGCAACCGGGAAGAGGGCUACCGGACUAGGAAUGUGGACGCCUUCCUGCCCAGCCAGGGCCCACGGCUGCAGGCCAGAAGCCGCAAUCGCCUUCGAAACCGCUAUGCCAACCGGCUGGGAGCCUGCAGCAGGAUGUCUUCUUCCAACCCGGCCAACGGGAUGGGAGGGGAUGUGGCUAUGUGGGCCCGAAAAAAUCCAGUUGUGCUUUUCUGCAGGGAGGGACCCCCAGGGCCUGUGACAGCAGCGGUCAAACAACCUAAAUCCCAAGCGGGGGAUACCAGCCUCUAAGAAGGGUCGGGAUGCAUAGCUUGUGAAGGCAAAUUUUCACCUGCUCCGUUUAAUGAUGCAGGAUUCCGGGGAGAAUCGUGUAUUUCAUAAAGCCAGACAUUUAAAAAAAGAGACGGAGGGGGAGGCUUACCACUUACCCCCAAACGACAUACAAGACAAUGUGCCCUUCUUCAAAAGUGCCAAAUGUAAAAUGCAAAAUUAAAACAGUAUCAAACCACACAACCAAGCAUUGUGAACUGUAAGUGCCAAAAAUGACAAAAAUAGAAUUCACAAUUACUGAUAAGCUCAUAUUACAGGAAUCACACUGUGAAACGAACAAACAAAAUCAAUGAAUGUAACCAGGAUUUGUUCAAAUACAUAGCGUUUCAGGAAAGAAUGGAGACCUUCAGAAUUACUUGAAGGCCCCUCCAAAUCACCAGCAUCCAACAAAACUGGAGAUUGUUAGAACUCGCACCUUUGACACAUGCUUUGGGUGCUCAGGUUAGAAACGAAAAAUUCUUAUCUUUACACACUUUGGUGCACUUCCUCCCACCCCAUGACCCUGUAACAUUUGUGGGAAAUUUUAUAUUCAUAUCCCAUUUUAAACCAUUUUAGGAUUUUGAAUUGUGUCUUACUACCAGAAAAUCAACCAUCUGAAGGGCAAAGAGAAGUAUGAACAUAAAGAAAUGUGGCUGUUUAAAAACAUAUUCCAAGAUUAUACUUUAAAAAUUAAUGCCCCUCAUUCUACUGCCAAAAUUAUCUGCCUUGGGAAACUUUAAAGCUUUCCCCUUACCCUCACCUGCUACUUUUGUUUCUAAUCAUUCAGGGGAUGCUGUUCUCAGAGUAUUUUCAUAUACAAAAAAAAAAAAAAAAAAAAACUUUCAUAGUAGAAAAUCUUGCCUUUUGAGGUAAAUUUGAAUUUUAAAUGCAGCCAAAAAUGUAAUUUGAAGUCAAGUUGAUUGAAUCAGGUGAGUAAUGCCACUUUUUUUUUAUGUAUACAAAAAUGAGAGCCCUAUAAAGUAACAAGAUUGGCUUUCCUAUGUGGCUCACAACCCAAGAUGAUUACAAAGAAGAAUUCUAAAAAUAUUUGGAGAAGUGGCUGUAUUCUUGGAAUAAGCAUAGAGCUUUCAAGAGCAUUAUACUUUCCUACAUUUGGAAGUUUAUGAAAAAAAAAUGAAUCCUUGUUUUUAUAGACAUGAUUUGUCUAAAAAAUGUGGUUGUUAUUAGACGGAGAAUAGACAUGGUAUUAUUACACGUAAUAGGGUGUUAAUAAUUUGGGCAUAAAGUCAGAAAGAAACUUCAAUCAAGCUGGAGAUAUUUUCAGAAAUGUGCAAAACAAAGAUGCUUUUUAAAAUUCAAAAGCACCAUUCACGAUUUGUGUGUGUGAAAUUUCUCUCAUUAAAUGCCACUGUUCACAGAAUCAUUUACUCAGAAUUUUAAAAGAUAUUUUUAUGUUUUCUCCCUCUUUCUUUCCUUUCCUCCACCUGCCCCUCUUGUCUUCAACAUUUCACAGCCUUACUUGAAUAAGUACUUUAAACUAGAUAUGGAAUCAUGGAACACUACAUCAAAAACUAAUGAUGUAAUGUAUGGUGAUUAACAUAACAUAAUAAAAAAUAAACUAGAUAUGGCAUGACAUCAGCUAUCAUAUAAAGAUUUCAAUGUGAAAUAGCCACCUUUUUUUCCUUGUAUUUAAAAAUGUUAAUGAGUAUUUGUGUGAUAGGUGGGUGUAUGUCACUAUUUUGUAAUCAAAGAUGGAAAUACAUGAUUCAUGUCAGCUAAAGAUACUUAAUUUUUUCCCAUGCUCAAGGCAUCAUCACAAUCGUAAGUUUAUAAAUUAUCUGUAUAUAUAUCUUGCUACACUCAAUGUAGUACAAAGCAGAUGAGAUAAUCUCUCCUCUUUAGCACUCAUGUAUAUAUAUACACACACAGACUUAAUGCAGCUGAACUAACAUUUAACAAAUAUCUACAGUAUUUGUCUGUAAAAGGCAAAACAAUUGUGUGGUUCUUGGCAUUCUGAGAAAAUGGAAGUCAUGUCUGGCAUUUAGGAGGAAAUGAUAAAGUCUUGCAGUUAGGAAAAUUAUCAGAGAAUAGGAAUUCAGCAACUGUGAAUAAAGGCAGAAAGAGAGUUAGGGAUCUUAGGGGAAGGAGGUGAAUGUGGUAUUGCCUGAGAAGAAAAAUCAAAGGAAGAUAUUUAAGAAAUAAACAUGGCAUGGAAUAAACUUUCCUGGUGAGUGAAGGGAAAAUCGGAGAGAUUGGAAGUGACAAAGUGGGGGCACGAAGGACUUCAAGGCAGGAAAGGAAGCCCAUCCUAACUCUUGGUGUGUAGUAGUAGAAAGUUUUAAGAAAGGGAUAGCUUGGGGAAGAAAUCAGGAGCUGUAAGCAAAAAUGGGAGGGGAAAGAGAGAACAGUGCUAAUAAGUUACUUAAAAAAUUACAGUAUUGUUUCCUUGUUUGUUUAUUUGAGACUAUACAACUAGUCAGUGAUAGAACUAGGAUUUGAACCAUAGUCUGUCCAGCUUUGGAACCCUAUAUUCUCUUCUCUACCCUCUGUUGCCCCCCAAAAGGUCAGUGGAUAGGGAAACCAAGGAUGACAACUUGGGGUACUAUCAUUAUCUUCAUCAGCAGCAACAUCAUCACCAACAUCAUCACCUCUGUUACCAUCACCAUCA